CCCAAGCGUCCGAGAAUUGCAAGACUGCAAGUCAUGAAUUACGAUUCGGGAACCGAACGCCAACCGCCAAGUGCCAACUCUGCGAAUCUGCUAACGCCUCUGCCAGACCGCAACUCAUCGAAGAAGACGAAGGCGGAAGGUCAACUGUUGACUGUUCGACUAGACGAACUCACAAACGCGGGACGCGGACGCCGGGCGCUGAGUCGCCCAGACACCGACGAAGCAAUAGCUGCGACAGUGCGACGCUUGGCCGCCUUCUGCCCGGCCUUGCCGACCUGCGAUUCGGAUACUUCUCAGCCCCUUCGGCCCCCCUCCCUUCUCAGUUGCCACCUGCUGCCUCCUGGUUGGAGGGUGUUCCAAUGCUACCAUUUCUUGGGGAGGCUACCAAAUUGAACCUUCACCUUUUGUAUACUUUUUGGCCAUAUUGAAACUGGACUUUGAAACUCUCUCAAUAUUGCCCAGGACAGAGAGGUUAUCGUGAUAUUUCAAAUCCGGCGGGUUAUUGUGCGUCCCCCAAUAACCUAUUUCACGUCAUGGCUUUGUCGACUUGGGCAAUCGGAAGCUCUGUUAAUUUACUUCCUUCUUCUUCUUGUUCCCAGAUUACUCCAUUUCCAAUAUGUAAACCCACAGCUAAGACAAAUUCCCGAUCUUCGCCCUCGCGUCACAUUUGCUGCAAUCUUCGUCAAGUCCGAGAGAGAAUCGAGGCAGUAAAAAACACACAAAAAGUCACAGAGGCCAUGAAAUUGGUGGCCGCCGCAAAGGUUCGGAGAGCUCAAGAGGCUGCCGUCAGUUCUAGACCCUUUGCUGAGGCCCUUGUUGAGGUUUUGUACAACAUCAACGAGCAGCUCCGGUGGGAAGACGUCGAAGUCCCUUUAACAGCCGUUCGUCCUGUGAAAAAAAUUGCGCUGAUUGUCGUCACCGGUGAUAGAGGCCUCUGUGGAGGUUUCAACAAUGCCAUCUUGAAGAAAGCUGAGAUUCGUAUGAAGGAAGUGAUGGAUCUUGGCUUGGAUUGCACCAUCAUUAGUGUUGGGAAAAAGGGGAAUUCUUAUUUUUCUAAGCGGAGGGAGAACAAAACAGUGGAUAGUUAUGUGGAAGGAGGGAAAUUUCCAACCAUAAAGGAUGCACAAGUAAUAGCAGACAAUGUUUUCUCUUUAUUUGUGAGUGAAGAGGUUGAUAAGGUGGAGCUGUUGUAUACAAAGUUUGUGUCUUUGAUCAAGUCUGAGCCUAUAAUUCACACUUUGCUUCCAUUGUCCAAAAAGGGAGAGGUUCGAGAUGUGAAUGGGAAGACCAUUGAUGUGGAGGGGGAUGAGUUCUUUAGGUUGAGCACAAAGGAGGGGAAACUAACAGUGGAGAGGGACCAUUAUAGUAAAAAUGAAAACAGAAGAGGGUUUUUGCCUUAUAUGCAGUUUGAGCAAGACCCUGCACAGAUUCUUGAUGCAUUGAUGCCUCUUUACUUGAACAGUCAAAUUUUGAAGGCACUUCAAGAGUCAUUUGCAAGCGAGCUUUCAUCAAGGAUGAAUGCAAUGAGUAAUGCCACUGAUAAUGCGAUCGAGCUGAAUAGGAACCUCUCCAUUGCUUAUAACCGGCAGAGGCAGGCUAAGAUCACUGGUGAUAUAUUGGAGAUUGUUGCUGGAGCAGAUGCUUCCCUUACAUAGGGUGACUGUAACGAAUAUCUGAAAAGCCCUUUUGAAUCUGUUUAAGAAAGCUACAUCAGAUCCUGAUGUCAGUACUUGAGAGGAGGAAUGGGGGCUGGUUGUACAGCAAAGGUAGCACCGGUUGGACCUCAAUCGGGAGUGAAGAACUUCAAGAAAAAGAUGUAUGGGACUGUUUCCAGCAUGGAAGGGAAAAAGAACUGAGCAGUCCCACUGUCCAACAAGAAUCUGCUGCCUCCUGUUGUGUCCUAAGGCUGAUGCCAACUGCAGCAAAAAUGAUCCCAAGAACAUCCUCCAACCAGAAUCCACCACCCACUCAUGAACCCAAAAUCAUUCAACACUCAGCUCCAGUCAUCAUCCCUGAUUGGUCAAAAAUAUAUAGAACUGGUUCAAACCAGGCCACUACUUACACCCCGCCAUUUCUGGGUGAUAGUUAUGAUCAUAGUAGCCAAGCCGAGGAUGAAGGUUAUGGAUUCUUUAGAGGCGGUUGGGAUAGUGGAGGUGAAGACGAAAAAGAAGAUGAUGAAUUUGAUGACGGCCUGAUAGUGCCACCACAUGAAUGGCUUGGUAGGAGGAAGACUUCAGGAAGCAAGAUAUUUUCUUUCUCGGUGUGUGAAGGUGCUGGGACGACCUUGAAGUGGAGAGAUCUGAGCAGACUUAGAAAUGCAGUAUGGACCAAAACUGGUUUUCUUGAAUUAUAACAGUAUAGGAGUAUAUGACAUUAUUUAUUUAUACCUUUUGUGAUUGCAUACUAGUGAUGUUAAAUGUAGAAUUUGGUCCUAUGAAAACCUGGCAAGGGUUCUGUGUUAGUUUUUCAUCCCUCAAUGUUGGAAUUUCCAAUAUAUGUUUAACUCCAUGACUCGGUCAAAAUCAAGAGCAAUACGUUCAAUUCCAGUAAAAAUAGUGUGCGAAUUCCGAAAUAAUAGUGUGACUGUGCAAAUAUUGUUUAUUUACUUCUGGGUUGGAAGAAAAUGUGUAGUGGCGGACUAAGAGCAUC